CAUCCACAUACAGGAAAUUAUGUAAAUCUACACCAGCAGAAGGGAAGAAGGGAUCAUCAACAAUUCAAUGCACCUGAGGAAAAGUUCAUUGCUACAAACGUGUGUGCGCGCGGGUUGUGAGGUGAAAAAUGGUGGUCAAAACAAGUUUGUUGAAGGUUUUUGGAGGAAAAAACAACACAGCCAAGUGCGCAAUUUGUGAUCAACCCACGAAAAACUAGCAUUCAAGCCGGAAAAUGACACUUAAAGUGGGGAAUCCAUCGCCAAAUCAACGCAACUUCAAGGAAACCAUGAAACCAUAAUACCGCGUGUCUGUGUGGCAAACCGUUAAUAUCGAGCACCGUCGAGGGCGGGCUUCAAAUUGACCACUGGAGAAAAUCCAGAACAACCUUGGAAAACGGGUACCAAAUCGACGCGCCCCUCGCUCUCUCGUAUCAAGAAAACCCGCAGUCCAGUAUGGAGCAAUGCAAUAACGAUCGUCCGUGCGUGAUCAGCAGCGGGAACUUCUUCCCGUCGUCCCAGAACAAUAACAACAACAAGCAAAAGCAGCACCAGCACCCGCAGCACAUCUCGUCCGUGCAGCACUCGCCACCGCCGAUCAGCAAGCACCUGACCCAGAAGCAUGACCCGAACCUGCACAGUCCGUCGGCCGUGGGCGUGGAUCAGUCCUCACUCGGUGAGAUCGAGGUCAUUCUGGUGCAGCAGCACAAGCAGGACGCCCUGUCGGUGAUCAUCCACCCGCAGGAGGGCAUGCAGCAGAUCACGUCCAUGUGCCUGAGCGGUUCCGGCAACCCGGGCUCGGUGGACUCGAUCAUGUCCGCCGCGGACUUCCAGACGCUGUCGCCGAUGCACGAUCGGGACUCGCCGGUCAGCAUCAGCGGGGGAAACACGUCGUACGCGACGUUGACCCCGUUGCAGCCGCUUCCGCCGAUCUCGACCAUGUCGGACAAGUUUGCGUACUCGAUCGGGGGCAAUAUUUGCGAGGCGUUCCCGGGCAUGACCAACAGUUCGGUGGGGGUCAACAUCGAGAUCAACUCGUGCUACAAUCUGGAGAAGCUGGGCGUGAUCCACUCGCCGGUGCACAUCAACUCGGUGCAGGAACUAUCGCCGAGUGAUCACCACCAUGGCCAUCAUGGUCACCACGGGGAUAGUCCCGGUCCGGUGGACAAGGACGUGGACGUGGUGGACGGCAGUGUUGGCAUCGUUGGCAAGAACGACUGCAUUCUGGUGCGUGCCUCUCCGAUUCCCUCGAAUCUCAGCUCGGUGGACGAUCGCUUCCUGACGUCGGUGGCGUCCUCACCGCCCAAAUCCGGAUCGGACCAUCACCACCGGCACCAGCACCAGCAACACCAGCAAAAGCACCACAACCAGCAGCAACACCAGCAACAGCAACAGAUCGACGUCGUGGUCGAUCCGGUGGACCAGUUCACCAGCACAGUGCAAUAUCUGGAUCAGCCGAGCGGCUCGGACGUGAUCCACGGCUCCGUCGUCGAUUCCGUCGUCAAGGACCACCAAGGCACGGCCGUUUUUCUCAACAAGUCUUUCAGUUCAAAAGCAAACAUAAGCGACCUUAAUCUGUGUAAAGAAAUUGUUAUAGAUGAUGUUUACGAAGAGUCCGAGCUGGAUCACGUCAAGCUCGAGGAGAAAAAGCUGGAAGAUUCGCUCGGCGUCUCGCUCGGAGUCGGAGGUCAUCACAAGUCGUCCUCCUCGUCUUCGGCGCUCAGUGAAGUCGGCUGCAUGAAUGGGCUCGGCGGCGGAAGCUCGAGCGGUGGCGACGGCGAAGAGAUCAACACCAAAGAGCUCGCCCAUCGGAUCAGUUCCGAGCUGAAACGGUACAGCAUCCCGCAGGCCAUCUUUGCGCAGCGCGUCCUCUGUCGCUCCCAGGGCACGCUGUCCGACCUGCUGCGCAACCCGAAACCGUGGUCCAAGCUCAAGUCCGGCCGGGAAACGUUCCGGCGCAUGUACAAAUGGAUCCAGGAGCCCGAGUACCAGCGGAUGUCCGCGCUCCGGCUGGCAGCAACCCAAUCGGCGAAACCAGCGGUGAACGCCAAAAAGCACGAGGAACCGGAACCGAACGUCAUGACGAUGGGCCACUCCAAGAAGCCCCGGCUCGUGUUUACCGAUCUGCAGCGGAGGACACUUCAGGCGAUAUUCAAAGAAACUAAGAGACCUUCGAAGGAGAUGCAGGUGACGAUCGCCCGGCAGCUGGGCCUGGAACCGACCACGGUCGGCAACUUUUUCAUGAACGCCCGGCGCCGCUCGAUGGACAAGUGGAAGGACGACGCCAUGAAGCGGAACGGCGGAGCAGGAGGAGGAGGAGGGGGAUGUAGUGAAUGAGUGCGGCAGAGAGAAGAGAGAGAGAGAGAAUAAAACGAGAGAGUACGUGUAGGAAAUGAGAGAGAGAUUAGCCGAGAGAGGAGUUGAUGUUGUAUGCGUGAAUGAGCGAAAAAUAAAUCAGUCGUGUGUUUUGUUUGAGCGUGAACAGACGUGUUUUGCAUUCAUCCGAAAUCUUGGCAAAGUCUCGGGAAAAUAAAGGUGAAAGUCACGACAAUGGCGCAGUGCUCCCGCCGCGAUUUUAUACAAAAAAAAGGAAAAGUUUCAUGAGUGCGUUUUAUUUCGAGUGAUUUUGUGUUUCUGUUGCUGUGGUUCUUGGCUACUGUGAUGGCGUCGGCGUCCUGGCUGCUGUGUAGUGACAGGCAAGAUGGCGUCAGCGUCCCUUGUCGGUUGUAAAAAAAAUAAGUUCUUUUUGCCGUUACCGGCUGCUAGAGAUCCUGAACAGGUUUGUAAAUGUUUUUAUCGGCAGCUAAUCGUGUUAAAGGAAGAAAAAAACAAACAAGACGCCAUCAUUUUUAGUUUCAUUUUCCCUGUUAAGGUAAGACAGUAGAAUGUUUGGUCGAUGUAGGACCGACUCGUGUGACGAUCUCCAUAUAAUGAAUGCUAUACUGUCGGACUGAUGUUGGGCUGAUGUCAGACGUAAUUUUAUAGUUUUUGUAGAACCACCACAGAAUGGAAAGGUUAAGUUGAAAAUUUAUUCGUUGAAUUUUGUUGUUUCAUCAAUAAUAAGAGGUGGAUGUGUGAUUUUUUAGGAGAAUUUCGUUCUAUUCAGAGAUGUUUUUAUGUCAUGGUACAUAUAUACUGUGUCCUGGCUUUGGAAGUUUAAGUUGUUUUUGAAUAAGAAAAAAAUGUAUAAGGUUUAUAACUUUGAAAGAAAUUGCACAAACUGGUUUAUGAUAAUACUUGGUUGUAUACUCUUAAUAUAAAAUCGUCUUUGGAAAAUUUAGAGUAGUUUUGAAGACCUUUUGCUUAAUACGUUUUGAAAGGCGCUUAACAGUUGAAGCGUGAUUGUUUAAUUGUUAAAGCCUUGAAAGGGUGAAGCGUGAUUGUUGGAGUUUUGGAGCUUGAGUCCCCUGUGAGGGUAGAGCAUGAUUGAUGGAUUGUCGAGCUUGAGUCCCCCGUGAGGGUAGAGCGAGUUGAUGGAUUUUUGAGUUUGAGUCCCCUGAGAGGGUAGAGCGUGCUUGAUGGAUUUUUGAGCUUGAGUCCCCUGCGAGGGUAGAGCAUGAUUGUUGGAGUUUUGGAGCUUGAGUCCCCUGUGAGGGUAGAGCAUGAUUGAUGGAUUGUCGAGCUUGAGUCCCCUGCGAGGGUAGAGCAUGAUUGUUGGAGUUUUGGAGCUUGAGUCCCCUGGGAGGGUAGAGCGUGAUUGAUGGAUUUUUGAGCUUGAGUCCCCUGAGAGGGUAGAGCGUAGUUGUUGCAGUUUUGAAGCUUGAGUCCCCUGCGAGGGUAGAGCGUGAUUGUUGGAGUUUUGGAGCUUGAGUCCCCUGUGAGGGUAGAGCGUGAUUGAUGGAUUUUUGAGCUUGAGUCCCCUGAGAGGGUAGAGCGUGAUUGUUGCAGUUUUGGAGCUUGAGUCCCCUGCAAGGGUAGAGCGUGAUUGUUGGAGUUUUGGAGCUUGAGUCCCCUGUGAGGGUAGAGCAUGAUUGAUGGAUUGUCGAGCUUGAGUCCCCUGCGAGGGUAGAGCAUGAUUGUUGGAGUUUUGGAGCUUGAGUCCCCUGUGAGGGUAGAGCAUGAUUGAUGGAUUGUCGAGCUUGAGUCCCCUGCGAGGGUAGAGCAUGAUUGUUGGAGUUUUGGAGCUUGAGUCCCCUGGGAGGGUAGAGCGUGAUUGAUGGAUUUUUGAGCUUGAGUCCCCUGAGAGGGUAGAGCGUAGUUGUUGCAGUUUUGAAGCUUGAGUCCCCUGCGAGGGUAGAGCGUGAUUGUUGGAGUUUUGGAGCUUGAGUCCCCUGUGAGGGUAGAGCAUGAUUGAUGGAUUGUCGAGCUUGAGUCCCCUGCGAGGGUAGAGCAUGAUUGUUGGAGUUUUGGAGCUUGAGUCCCCUGUGAGGGUAGAGCAUGAUUGAUGGAUUGUCGAGCUUGAGUCCCCUGCGAGGGUAGAGCAUGAUUGUUGGAGUUUUGGAGCUUGAGUCCCUGUGAGGGUAGAGCAUGAUUGAUGGAUUGUCGAGCUUGAGUCCCCUGAGAGGGUAGAGCGUGCUUGAUGGAUUUUGAGCUUGAGUCCCCUGAGAGGGUAGAGCGUAGUUGUUGCAGUUUUGAAGCUUGAGUCCCCUGCGUGGGUAGAGCAUGAUUGUUGGAGUUUUGGAGCUCUAGUCCCCCGUGAGGGUAGAGCGUGAUUGAUGGAUUUUUGAACUUGAGUCCCCUGAGAGGGUAGAGCGUAGUUGUUGCAGUUUUGAAGCUUGAGUCCCCUGCGUGGGUAGAGCGUGAUUGUUGGAGUUUUGGAGCUUGAGUCCCCCGUGAGGGUAGAGCGUGAUUGAUGGAUUUUUGAGCUUGAGUCCCCUGAGAGGGUAGAGCGUGAUUGUUGCAGUUUUGGAGCUUGAGUCCCCUGCAAGGGUAGAGCGUGAUUGUUGGAGUUUUGGAGCUUGAGUCCCCUGUGAGGGUAGAGCAUGAUUGAUGGAUUGUCGAGCUUGAGUCCCCUGCGAGGGUAGAGCAUGAUUGUUAGAGUUUUGGAGCUUGAGUCCCCUGUGAGGGUAGAGCAUGAUUGAUGGAUUGUCGAGCUUGAGUCCCCUGCGAGGGUAGAGCAUGAUUGUUGGAGUUUUGGAGCUUGAGUCCCCCGGGAGGGUAGAGCGUGAUUGAUGGAUUUUUGAGCUUGAGUCCCCUGAGAGGGUAGAGCGUAGUUGUUGCAGUUUUGAAGCUUGAGUCCCCUGCGAGGGUAGAGCGUGAUUGUUGGAGUUUUGGAGCUUGAGUCCCCUGUGAGGGUAGAGCAUGAUUGAUGGAUUUUUUGAGCUUGAGUCCCCUGCGAGGGUAGAGCGUGAUUGUUGGAGUUUUGGAGCUUGAGUCCCCUGUGAGGGUAGAGCAUGAUUGAUGGAUUUUUUGAGCUUGAGUCCCCUACGAGGGUAGAGCUUAAUUGUUGGAAUUUUAGAGCUUGAGUCCCCUGUGAGGGAAGAGCGUGUAGUGAUUGUUGGAACAUUGAGCUUGGGUCCUAUGAGAGGGUAGAGCUUGAAAGAAGUAUUUUUGAGCUUGAGUUCCCUGAGAGGGUAAAGCGUGCUUGAUGGAUUUUUGAGCUUGUGUCCCCUGAGAGGGUAGAGCGUAGUUGUUGCAGUUUUGAAGCUUGAGUCCCCUGCGUGGGUAGAGCGUGAUUGUUGGAGUUUUGGAGCUCUAGUCCCCCGUGAGGGUAGAGCGUGAUUGAUGGAUUUUUGAACUUGAGUCCCCUGAGAGGGUAGAGCGUAGUUGUUGCAGUUUUGAAGCUUGAGUCCCCUGCGUGGGUAGAGCGUGAUUGUUGGAGUUUUGGAGCUUGAGUCCCCCGUGUGGGUAGAGCGUGAUUGAUGGAUUUUUGAGCUUGAGUCCCCUGAGAGGGUAGAGCGUGCUUGAUGGAUUUUUGAGCUUGAGUCCCCUGAGAGGGUAGAGCGUAGUUGUUGCAGUUUUGAAGCUUGAGUCCCCUGCGUGGGUAGAGCGUGAUUGUUGGAGUUUUGGAGCUUGAGUCCCCUGUGAGGGUAGAGCAUGAUUGAUGGAUUUUUUGAGCUUGAGUCCCCUACGAGGGUAGAGCUUAAUUCGAUGCCAACAUUUCAAAAAGCAUCAUGUACAAACCAUGCGUUUUGAGAAAAACGCAUUUGAAUGUUGAGCAUCCAUUUUCAAUUACCAUUUUUAUAUAAAAGCAAAAUAAAAUGUUCUAAUGAUAACAAACGAUGAAAAACGUUGCUUUUGUUGAUACUUGAUCAUCCAUAUUCAAUAAAACAUUAUUUCCGUAAUUUUAUUUGAGAAAAACAAACAUAACUUCUUUUGAAAUCACCAACGUCGAUAUAACCCUGCUGUCACUGAGGGGGGCGCUUUGUUAUGAUUCGUUUUUCUUCGCCGAAUGUACAUGGCGCUUUUUUCAUGUUGCUUUUUUUUUCGUCACGAGGUUUAUGUAGCCUUUUGUUUGGCAGGUUGACAGGGCUAUAUAAACAGGGACUGCUGAUGGCAGAGAUUUUGUUUAUGUUACUUUAUUUAAAAUCAUGAUUAAACAGACUUUACUGAAGUAACUUUUGCUCAUUUUUGGUGGAGAGGUAGCUUAUUAGAAGUACUUUCAGAAUAUACAAUAACCCAGAAAGUGUCAAAAUGUACAUGAUGCCUUUUGAAAUGUUACCGUCGAAUUGUUGGAAUUUUAGAGCUUGAGUCCCCUGUGAGGGAAGAGCGUGUAGUGAUUGUUGGAACAUUGAGCUUGGGUCCUAUGAGAGGGUAGAGCUUGAAAGAAGUAUAUUUGAGCUUGAGUUCCCUGAGAGGGUAAAGCGUGCUUGAUGGAUUUUUGAGCUUGAGUCCCCUGAGAGGGUAGAGCGUGAUUGAUAGAUUUUUGAACUUGAGUCCCCUGAGAGGGUAGAGCGUGCUUGAUGGAUUUUGAGCUUGAGUCCCCUGAGAGGGUAGAGCGUAGUUGUUGCAGUUUUGAAGCUUGAGUCCCCUGCGUGGGUAGAGCGUGAUUGUUGGAGUUUUGGAGCUUGAGUCCCUUGUGAGGGUAGAGCAUGAUUGAUGGAUUUUUGAGUUUGAGUCCCUUACGAGGGUAGAGCGUAGUUGUUGCAGUUUUGGAGCUUGAGUCCCUUGCGAGGGUAGAGCGUGAUUGUUGGAGUUUUGGAGCUUGAGUCCCCUGUGAGGGUAGAGCGUGAUUGUUGGAGUUUUGGAGCUUGAGUCCCCCGUGAGGGUAGAGGGUGAUUGAUGGAUUUUUGAGCUUGAGUCCCCUGAGAGGGUAGAGCGUGCUUGAUGGAUUUUUAAGCUUGAGUCCCCUGAGAGGGUAGAGCGUGAUUUAUGGAUUUUUGGAGCUUGAGUCCCAUGUGAGGGUAGAGCAUGAUUGAUGGAUUUUGAGCUUGAGUCCCCUGAUAAGGAAAAGCGUGAUUGUUGGAAUUUUGGGCUUGAUUCCCCUGAGAUGGGAAAGCGUGAUUGUUGGAAUUUUGAGCUUGAGUCCCCUGCGAGGGUAAAGCGUGAUUGUUGGAGUUUUGGAGCGCCCCCUUAGAGGGUAGAGUGUGAUUGAUGGAGUUUUGAGCUUGAGGUCCCCUGAGAGGGUACAUCGUGAUUGUUGGAAUUUUGAGCUUGAGUCCCUUGAGAGGAUAGAGCGUGAUUGUUGGAGUAUUGAACUGGAGUCCCUUGGGAGGGUAAGGCGUGAUUGUUGAGUUCCCUGCGAGGGCAGAGCGAAAUACGGUUCUAAAGCCCUAUAUAAAUUGUUGUGUACAACUGUUAAAAGCACGAUUAAAACCCAUUUCUGACAAGACAACAUUUUUUCGCUGGAUCAACUAUGGUCCCCUUGGAACGAGCUGUCAAGUAGGACCUUAUCUGUCAAGAAGGACCGCGAAGGUAAUAUUUCAAAAUUGAUUUAAAAAUCAAUUUUAAAUCUUUUGCGGUCGUAAAAAGGGUAAAAAAAUCAAAAUCAAACCAUCCACAUUAACGACCCCCGGGUCUUUUGUGGUCUCUAUUGCAAGUUUCUGCUCGAACCUAGGAGUCCGAAGGCUUGAAUGGGGAGAGCACCCAAACCUCUUUCUACUCCAAGGAACCUUCCACCCCAGUGUUUGAACUGACGACCUUCGGAUUGCGAGUCCAACCGCCGCCAGCGAUUCCACCGGAGUAGGCUUGGUUUGGUGUGUUGUUUGUACUUAUGGCAUGGAGACGUCUCCUACACCUGGAAUGACUUAACGGCCUAAAAAACCAAGACCGGGACCGACAUUUUACUUCCUCAUCCGAUGGAAGGUCGUAAAAAGGGUCAUUGUACCCAGAAAAAUAUGCUUUAUCGUUGUGAACAGUAAUAACACAAAUUAAGUCCCCGGAGAAGGGAAAGCGUGAUUGUUGGAACUUUGAGCUUGAGUCCCUUAAGAGGGUGGAAACUGAAACUUUGAGCUUGUAUACCUUCGAGAGGAUAAAGCGUGUUAGAGGUUUUUAGGUUGAGUCCCCUUGAGAGGGAAGAGCGUGAUGGAACUUUGAGCUUGUGUCAAUUUGAAAGGGAAGAGCAUGAUGCUUGGAGUUUUGCCCUUGAGUCCCCUGAGAGGGUAGAGCGUGAAUGUUGGAGUUUAAAGCUCUCAGUGAAAAUUUAAGAGACGAUAGACGAAUAACCUUUAGAUCUUAAAAUUCAAAAGCGAAAAAAAAAGAAAACUUUGAACAUAGAUUGUUUUUGGAUUUCAGUCUUUAAGAAGUGAAUAUUUAAGAGACGACAGGCUCUAAACCUUGAGACCUUAAAUUUGAGCCAACGAUUGAGAUUACAGGUAAUUUAGAAAAAAAAAAACUUUGACCAUAUUUUUUUCUGAUCUCGGUUAUGAAUAAAAUAUGGAUAGGAUCAAUUGUUUGAAGUUGUAACAGAAUUUUAGAUUCUCAUUCGUUCUGAAGUGACUAUUUAGGCAACGAUAGGUUCGUAACCAACAGGACUUUAAUUUGACUUCAUGAUUGAAUCUCAGGGAAGAUGUAAUAGAAUAUAAAUAUUAUCAAUUGAUUGGAAAGUUAUUUAGAAAAUUUUGUAAUUGACACUAUCCUUCUAGCUAUCCUUUUUUCGAGGUGAUUUUAUCUCAUCGUGUGUGGAAUAAGUGUAAGUACUCAUUUAAUGAUGUGAAUUUACAGUUGUACGAGCAAAAAAAAAAACAAUUGGCAGAAUUUCCAGAUGUCAAAUUAUCAUGUUUUUUACAGUGAGAUUCCAAUUUCUGGUAUAUUUUAUCAAUUAAUUACACGAGGGCUGUAGAAGCUGUCGUUUUCUUUUUAUUUCUUUAAUUACAGGUAUUCAUGCUGACGUUUGGGCCUGUACGUGUUAGGAUCAAGGAGACUGAAGAAGCAUCUGCUGAAGCUGGAUUUUGCGAUGCGUAGUGUUUCAAGAUAUCACAGAUCACCAAGCAGAGCAUUGGAUGGUUGCUGAAUAUGUGUUUAUGAGAAAUCCACCGAUUAUAAGCUUUCCUAUAAAAAAAAUAGAAUAGCAAAUUAAAAAUUAAGAGUAGGGAAGGACGAGGAUGUAGUGAAUGAGUGCGGCAGAGAGAAGAGAGAGAGAGAGAAUAAAACGAGAGAGUACGUGUAGGAAAUGAGAGAGAGAUUAGCCGAGAGAGGAGUUGAUGUUGUAUGCGUGAAUGAGCGAAAAAUAAAUCAGUCGUGUGUUUUGUUUGAGCGUGAACAGACGUGUUUUGCAUUCAUCCGAAAUCUUGGCAAAGUCUCGGGAAAAUAAAGGUGAAAGUCACGACAGGGGAGGGGGUGGGGGAAGUGGCCUCAGCGGACUGGGGAUGAUGAGCGGGGUGGGCGGGGCCAGCAACAGUAGCAACAGCAACGAUAACCUUAUCCUGGAGCACCUGAAGGACGACUCGGAGGACGAGGGGCUGUACGAUGGGUCGUUCGCGUCCGACGGGGGACCCAUGGAACACAACUAUCAGCAGCACGUCCUCAACUGAGGAGGAAGUAAACAAAAAAACAA